CGGCUAACUUUCCCUGAUGUCUGCCCCAGGAACCAUCCCACUCACUGCUCAGCCAGCAGACUUGCCGAGUAGCACCCGACCGGCCAGUCUGACAGCAUCCUUGGCGCGCGGGCUGCUGCUGAGCGGUGUUCGUAUUUAAGCCGCGGCCACCUCUGACGCAACAGUCUCAAGGGGCCUCUUCGUCUGCUCUCUUCAUCCUGUUGCAACCAUCGUCCAUCUCAAUACCAAUCCCCAUCGGAGCAGUUCCUGGGGCAUUCCUGAUAAACCAAGUUCCUCGCCUGCUUUCCGCGACACCUCCAAGCCUUGUCAGCUACUACUGCUGCUGGGUGCUGUCGGGCGGGUCGAUCUUGUACAACUCAUUCCGACCCUCAGGGUUUCCAGUAGCAGCCCAUCACUGCUUAAUUUUAUUGUUAUCGUCCUUGAUCUUUCCACCCUGCCGUGUCUUUCUCGAUAUUGCCGCGCAAUAGACUUUCGUAGACGACCAUGAAGCUUUCUAUAGCCCUUGCGCUGGGCGCAACGGCUUCCACGGGAGCGUUGGCCGCCGUGCUGCCGCAGCAGGAACCCAUAACAAUCCCCCAGGUUGUCCACCACCACCAGGAGAAGUUCUUGAUCGAGCUGGCUCCCUAUCAGACUCGUUGGGUCACUGAGGAAGAGAAAUGGGCCCUCAAAUUGGACGGCGUCAACUUCAUCGACAUCACUGAAGAACGGAAUACCGGCUUCUAUCCGACGUUGCACGCUGGCAGUUACGUUCACUAUCCAUCGACCAUUGAGCAUGCAAAAGAGGUGGCCCCGCUCUUGCAGGGUCUGGUUAAAGAGAAUAUGGAGCAGAAUCUGGAAAAGUUCACCUCCUUCCACACUCGCUACUACAGAUCGUCGACUGGGGUUGAGUCUGCAGGUUGGCUCUACGACAGAGUCCUCGAUGUGAUCGAGAAGACAGGCGCAGCAGAUCACGGCGCGACGGUCGAGAAGUUUGCCCACUCUUGGGGCCAAUUCAGUAUCAUUGCUCGGAUUCCCGGCCAGACAAACAAGACCAUUGUCCUGGGUGCCCAUCAGGACAGUAUUAAUCUGUUCCUGCCUUCUAUCCUUGCAGCCCCUGGAGCGGAUGAUGAUGGAAGUGGAACUGUCACUAUUCUUGAAGCUUUGCGCGGUCUGCUGCAGUCAGACGCCAUUGUCCAGGGACAGGCUCCCAAUACAAUCGAAUUUCACUGGUACUCGGCAGAGGAAGGCGGCAUGCUGGGCUCGCAGGCGAUUUUUUCGAAGUACAAGAAGGAUCGGCGAGAUGUCAAGGCGAUGCUCCAACAGGACAUGACAGGGUACACCCAAGGGGCUCUGGACGCUGGUCGCCCGGAAGCCAUUGGUAUUAUGAUCGAUUAUGUCGACCAGGGGCUGACACAGUUCCUCAAAGACGUCACGAACACAUACUGCGGUAUUAGUUAUAUCGAAACCCGAUGCGGCUACGCUUGUUCCGACCAUACGUCGGCCAGCAAGUACGGAUACCCGGCAGCUAUGGCGACGGAGUCUGAGAUGGAGAAUACCAACAAGAAAAUCCACACCACUGACGACAGGAUUAAAUAUCUGAGCUUCGACCAUAUGCUGGAACAUGCGAAGCUGGCACUCGGGUUCGCGUAUGAAUUGGCCUUUGCGCCAUUUUAAUACUACCAUCGAAUGACCCUUCAUUCUGACUGAUGAGUGAGUGGGCUGCAAAGAGAUCGGAGUGCGUGCAUGAAACUUAGGCCGCUGCAUAUGCGAGUUGUCUGCGUAUGUAUUGGCAUGGCAGAGCGACUCGCUCUUUACACCCUGUCGAUUGGACCGCUUAGGGUACAUCACGAUGCUUACAAGAAGAUCAAACCAUGUACCUACUUCAUACUGGGGCGUGCUGUGUCAGAUAAGAACAUUUCAGCUCACCCACGGCGGAUCCAUCCCGUAGAUCAAGACAAUAGAAGAGUUGCGCAUUCC